UCCCGGGCGCCAUUGCUGGCGGUCGGAGCGCCGCCCGGUCCUAGUCCGCCCCUCGGCUGCUCUCCCUUGGCUGGGAGGAGCUGUAGCUCGGGUCCCUCGCCAACCCCUGCCCCGAGCUCGAGAAUCGGGUGCCUCCCCGGCCCGCCUCGACCGAGACCAUGUUUGACAAGACGCGGCUGCCGUACGUGGCCCUCGAUGUGCUCUGCGUGUUGCUGGCUUCCAUGCCUAUGGCUGUUCUAAAUUUGGGCCAAAUAUAUCCAUUUCAGAGAGGCAUUUUCUGUAAUGACAACAGCAUCAAGUAUCCGUACCAUGACAGUACCGUCACAUCCACUGUCCUCACCAUAGUGGGGGUUGGCUUACCCAUUUCCUCUAUGAUUCUUGGAGAAACCUUGUCUGUUUACUUUAACCUUUUGCACUCCAGUUCCUUUAUCAGGAAUAACUACAUAGCCACUAUUUACAAAUCCAUUGGAACUUUUUUAUUUGGUGCAGCUGCUAGUCAGUCCCUGACUGACAUUGCCAAAUAUUCAAUAGGCAGACUGCGGCCUCACUUCUUGGAUGUUUGUGACCCAGAUUGGUUAAAAAUCAACUGCAGUGCUGGUUACAUUGAAACCUACACAUGUAGAGGGAAUGCAGAGAAAGUUAAGGAAGGCAGGUUGUCAUUCUACUCGGGCCACUCUUCAUUCUCCAUGUACUGCAUGCUGUUCGUGGCACUGUAUCUUCAAGCCAGGAUGAAGGGAGACUGGGCAAGACUCUUACGCCCGACACUGCAAUUUGGUCUUGUUGCUGUAUCCAUCUACGUAGGCCUUUCUCGAGUUUCUGAUUACAAACACCACUGGAGCGAUGUGUUGACUGGACUCAUUCAAGGGGCUCUGGUUGCAGUAUUAGUUGCUGUAUAUGUAUCAGAUUUCUUCAAGGAGAAAGACUCUCCUUUUAAAGAAAGAAAAGAGGAGGACUCGCAUACAACUCUGCAUGAAACAGCAACAGUGGGGAAUCACUACCGGAACAAUCACCAACCUUGAAGGGUGGCACGGAGCCCAGAUGAAGCUGGC